AUGGCGUGCAUCGGCCCCCUUCCUCACUCAUCGUCCAUGCGACUGCCCAGGUCCUCCAGGUCGAACAUGGCGAGGCUGCAACCCGACACCUUCCUGCCCCCGGGCGCUCAUACAAGCGAUGCCCUGACUUUACCUGCCAUUCGGCCGGCGAACCAGACCGACCUGAGCAGUAGCAGUCGCGAGUCGCUGUCGUCGCAUUCCGUCGCCUCACCACUGUCCCUUCCUCUGUCGCGCGUCACAAGCCAGACGGGCUAUUUCGACACCAAGAUUACCAACACGUCCAGUUCCAUCGGCUACUCUCCUCUCUCCUCAGGUGCCGUCCGUCACACACCCAACCUACAGAGCUUCCUCUCGCCGCAGGCCCAACCCGUUCAGUCUGUCCCCGGCCUCGAACACGCGUCUGUUCAGCGCCGUCACAGCAGCUUGUCGCCGCCCGUCAGCCGUGCGAGGUUGGACAGGAAGACCCUUUCGGCCGUUACCUCACCAAACAUCCAUCCCGCCUCCAUGCAUAGCGGCAAUGCCUAUGCCCUGUCCAUCCCGUACUCGCAAUCACAACCGCUCCCGAGGUCUAGCUCUGCCGAUGCCUCAUCGGCUUCUGCCGCCGCCCAGACGAUUCGCCGCCUGACUCAGCAAAACAGCCGCAUUCGCGAGGCCUGGGAGGCUGAGCGUAAAUACAUGGAGGCCAACCGCGAACGCAUAGAGGAGGUGUACAAGGAGGAACGCGUCAUCAUGGAAGAAGAGCGAACCGAGUGGGACGCAGAAAAGAGUGCCAUGCUCCAAGAGAUCCAACAGCUCCAAGAACGUGUCGCAGGUCUCGAAAGUAACACUGUGCAACUUCAGGGCAUGGUGCAGCGGCUAGAACUCGAACGCGCCGGAAAGGUCGCCGCUGUCAGCGUGGCCAUCCCCGGCGUCCGCCCCGGUGGAGACGGUUCCACCGACUUCCCUCUCUCGCUCUCAAGCGCCAGUGCCUCGGCAACCGAUGGACGCCACUCUCGUGGCAUUGAACUCGCCGGCACGGCUCUCUCGAACUUCAACCCUCUCUAUCCCUCAUCACAACCAUUCCUCUUCAGCCCCGGCGGUUCACGCAUCUCACCCUCCAAGCAACCCACGGUCACGACGUUUGUCCCUCUCGACCCCAACAUGCAACCGAUGAAGUCACCUACCGUCGAUUUCCUCGCUUCUCCUACAAGCGAAGAUGUGCCAGUCGUCGACAUUCAGACGAUUCACCCUGAACUCGAAGGAAUCUCCGUCAGAGCACCCGCUGUUCAGAAGGAAACGUUCACCGACUCGGGGACCGAUGACUCCAAAACGUCUUCACGUAAUGCCUCACCACCUGGCGAGUCAGGUCUUCCGCUAGGCAGGCGGGCCUCGUCCAAGGACCACACUUUGCAGGUUCUGUCUGCUCCAGUCACGGACCGACUCGUCAUGCAUGCUGGCCACACUCCAAACCACUCUUUAUCGCAUUUGCCUACAGCCGCAGCAACUGAAACUGCCACCGUUGCAGGCGAAAGCACCAGCCCUACGCCCACUUUCGGGCAGACUAAUCCGGCGCCAGCGUUGUCUCUUGACAUUGGGGCGCUACGUCAACGGACUCGCAGAAAUUGA